ACUUCAGCUUGGUGUAUUCCUGAAUUUAGCCCUGACAAUACUGUCUGUGGGUAUUUGACGUACAGAGUGCAUACUUUGGAUGGACGAAUCGUUCGAUGUGAGCAAAUCAAGAAAACAGAGUCAGACGCUUAUGUAUAUAAAAAUCGCCUGCCAAGAGCGGCUAACAAUGGCUCGAGAGAUCGGCCAACGAGUGCUUGUACCAAAUGCAGAGAUCAAUGUUCGCAAAUCUUCUCUUCUGGAUCAUCUAAAAAGUUGAAACCUCCAAAACAAUCAAGUAAAGGAGUUUGUGUCAGAGGUCCGCCCGGAGCACCGGGUCCACAAGGGCCGAAAGGUCCAAGCGGGCAAAGAGGAAGACGUGGUAAACGAGGGUUUCGAGGAUCUCCUGGAAUGCAAGGUCCACCUGGAUUACCAGGUUCGCAGGGACCGAGGGGACUGCCAGGAACAGCGCUCUCUGGAAAAUCUCCAUCUAUUGUCAAUUCACUUGCUCUUCCAAAAAUAACCAAAAGACCUCCAUCUGUUCUUGUCACCAAAGAAGGCGAUAAUGUGGUCAUUCCGUCCAAAGCCUCUGGUUUCCCUAAUCCUAAAAUCUCGUGGUACAAAGACAACAAGAAAGUAGACGAGCGAUUACAUACUACUGGCAGUCUGCAAAUAAGCAGUGUUAAGUUCGAAGACCAUGGGGUUUACUUCUUGAAAGCAAAGAAUUUCAUUGGUCAAGCAACAGCGAAAAUGAAACUUGUUGUAAAUGUUUCUCCACGAUUUGUGGUUCUACCUCCACUUUACGUCUCUGGUUAUGAAAGCUGGAACACAACCAUCACAUGCAAUAUAUUUGGGUUUCCUCCUCCGUGGUUCGAAUGGACACGUGCGAGAAAAGCCAUGCCUAAGGGACGCCAUGUAAUGACUGGUAACAGCCUUGUUAUCACGAAUACAAGAAAAGAGGAUAGUGGACACUACAUGUGCAGRGGAAUCAAUAACCAAGGGAAUGUGUUUGCACUUGUAUUGCUCGAUGUUUAUUCCGUCAUUGCUCCGGUCAUUGUUCAAUCCUCGCCUAAUAAUGUGACCGUAUAUAAAGUCAUGAGCAACGUCAAAUUGAACUGUUCAGCUACUGGAUUUCCGCUGCCAACGAUCGAGUGGAGCAAAGAUGGCCGACAUUUAUCUGUAAACACUACAGUUCGCCAGACCAAUAAAGAAACUAUAGGCGAGUUUGUCAUUGAUCCGUUCAUGCCUCAAGACCAAGGACGAUACAAAUGCUUUUUUAGAAACUACGAAAAUGGAACAGCCGAAACUACAAUACAAGUUUCCCUAAUGAGCUGUGGCGAUCCUGGAAAACCGCUGAAUGUCUAUCGCACUGGCAAUGAGUUUUGGGCCGGGAAUAUGGUUGUAUACACUUGUGAUCCAGGCUACGAAUUGGUGGGACCAUCCAACCGACUUUGUCUGGAAAAUGGUGCAUGGAGCAACUCCAUUCCAUCAUGUCUCCGUCUUUGUCCAAAGAUGUCUUCUCCAGAGAAUGGAUACAUUUUAGGUGGAUUCCUGGCCAACAACACUCUCAGCUUCAACUGUAAACCCGACUACAGUUUGUUUGGAGACCGCAACUUGCUAUGUGAUUCCAGCACAGGAAAGUGGUCAGGUUUGGAUGGAAAUUUAAACAUUACAAAACCACACUCUCUUCCAAAAAUAACCAAAAGACCUCCAUCUGUUCUUGUAACUAAAGAAGGCGAUAAUGUGGUCAUUCCGUCCAAAGCCUCUGGUUUUCCUAAACCUAAAAUCUCGUGGUACAAAGACAACAAGAAAGUAGACGAGCGAUUCUAUGCCAGUGGUAGUCUACGAAUAAGCAAUGUCAAGUUCGAAGACCAUGGGGUUUACUUAUUGAAAGCAAAGAAUUUCAUUGGUCAAGCAACAGCGAAAAUGAAACUUGUUGUAAAUGUGUUCAUGUUUUCAGCUGCUCCUGUCAUCGUUCUAUCACCAUCUAAUCACGUCAUUGUGAACAAAACCAUGUCCCGCGUCAAAUUGAAGUGUUCGGCUACUGGAUCCCCGCUACCGACAAUCGAGUGGAGCAAAGAUGGCCGACCUGUAUCUGUAAACACUACAGUUCGCCAGUCCAGUAAAGAAACUAUAAGCGAAUUGGUUAUUGAUCCGUUCAUGUCUCAACACGAAGGACGAUACAAAUGUUUUUUUAGAAACUACGACAAAACUAUGAGAACUACUGGAACUACAAUACAAGUCUCUCUACUGAGCUGUGGCGAUCCUGGAAAACCCCUGAAUGGCUAUYGCACUGGCAAAGAGUUSUGGGCUGGGAAUAUGGUAUUUUAUACUUGUGAUCCUGGUUACUACUUGGUGGGACCAUCCAWCCGACUUUGUCUGSMAAAYGGUGYAUGGAGCAACUCYAUUCCAUCAUGUCGUCGUGUUUGUCCCGAGAUCGUACCUCCCGAGAAUGGGUACAUUGUAGGCGAUUUCCUGGCCAACAGCACUCUCACUAUCAAUUGCAAUCCCGGUUACUGGCUCCGUGGAAACCGCCAGCUCGUAUGUAAUUCCAGCACAGGAAACUGGACUGAUUUGAAUGGAAACUUUACCAYUGRUAAAACACAAUGUAAAAAUUCCAGUGGGUCUUACAGCAUAUCAGUCAACUCGUUCCUGUUCUCAUUCGUAAACAGAGACAACUUGAAGCCAUUUAAAAUUAAAGUUUUUAAAACGCAAAAGGCAAUUUAUGGAAGUAGCAGCUACGGACCAACCUUUGGAGGCGGCCAUGACAUAUAUAUUGGUAAUAAUGCUGGUAGCAACACAGGCUCCUAUACGAACCUUGGACAUAGCUAUUUACUGUUUAAGGACUACACAUAUGGAUCAACUAAAGCUAAGAACCUUCUUGCAGGAUCGUAUAACUUUCAGCCAGACGAGAUCGAAGUGUUUCGACAAGAUAGCGAAGAGAUUUAG